ACUAUCACCCCCGGAGACAGGCUCGCAGAGUUAGCAGAUUGUGGCUAACUAAAGGAGCCAAGCCUUUUGUCACAGAACAGCCAUUGAGAGUCCAGUGCGACUUCUCUUUAUGAGGUUGCUUUCUUGGGAAUCAUCCUCCAAGAAGCAGCCAUGUGGCCUUUCCAUUGUCAGGGAAACUGCAGGUGACUUCUCAACCAUUGCAGCUCUGAUGAUGAAAGAGUAACCCAAACCGUGUACCCAGAGAUAAGGUUCACAGCUGUUGUCUUACAUCACGUAGCCACCCUUACUUCUCAGUAAGCAGGACUCAAACGCUUGACUCACUGCAGGCUUGGUGGGGCAGAUAAAUUCCGUUCUCUAUGACUAGGCUGGAGACACACCCAGGACCCCCAACAAAAGGACGGGCAGAAAAAGAGAAAUAAUAAUUGGUAAGCAUUUAGACAAUGCUUCAAUAGAGAAAAGAGGAAACGGAGCACUUCGUAGUCCUGUUAUCAGCAGAGACAGAGCAAACACUGGGGGUACCAAAUGUGAAGAAGCUCACUGGACAGGUUCUGGCUAUGCACUUCUGGUUUUGGUGGUGGUUCUGUAUUUGAUGCACUCCUUUACACCAAGGACCAAACCUAAGAGGCAUGCGACCUGCACUUGAUAGCGUGCUGGGUACCGGGGCUCUGAUGGGAAACCAGGCUUGACUGGCGGCUGUGGUCCUCGGUUUCUAAUGCCGAGAACCUCUGGAACUGAAGGGAGCUGCAUAGACAGCUCUACACAUUUGUUGAGUGGAUUCCAGCGGAAUCUCUCCUAGUGUGUGUUGUGAACUUUAAUUCACCCUUUGUGAGUCAAAUCAGAAGUCUCUUUGCAUCAAUUGGGCCCCGACCCAUCACACUGAUUUGACCAUCAUGCUGCCUACGGUACUAAUUCUUGUGGGGUCUUGGGCAACACUGCAAGCUGACUUACUUUCUGACAAAAAGGUUUUACUUCUGCCACCUGUCAAUUUUACCAUUAAAGCCACUGGAAUAGCCCAAGUUCUUUUACACUGGGACCCAAACCCUGACCAAGAGCAAAGCAAUGUUGAGCUACGAUAUCAUGUGAAAAUACAUGCUCCACAAGAAGAUGAUUAUAAUACCAGGAAGACUGAAAGCAAAUAUGUGGCCCCUCUGCACAAUGGCUUUGCAGCUAGUGUGAGAAGCAUCCUACGGAGAAGCCACUUUUUCCUGGCCAGCAGUUGGGUUUCUGCUGAACUCAAAGCUUCACCAGGGUCUUCAGGAACCUCGGUUAUGAAUUUGACGUGUGCCACAAACACUGUCGUGAGUAGUCACACCCACGUAAAGCCAUACCAAGUGUCUCUUCGCUGCACCUGGCUUGUUGGCAAGGAUGCCCCUGAAGACACACAGUACUUCCUAUACUAUAGGUUUGGUGUUUGGACUGAAGAAUGCCAAGAAUACAGCAGAGAUACACUGAACAGAAAUACUGCAUGUUGGUUUCCCAGGACAUUUAUCAACAGCAAAGGGUUUGAGCAGCUUGCAGUACACAUUAAUGGCUCAAGCAAGCAUGCUGCAAUCAAGCCCUUCGAUCAGCUGUUCACUCCACAUUCCAUUGAUCAAGUGAAUCCUCCAAGGAAUGUCACAGUUGAAAUUGAAGAAACUUCUCUUUAUAUCCAAUGGGAGAAACCAGUCUCUGCCUUUCCAGUCCAUUGCUUUAACUACGAAUUGAAAAUUCACAACACAAAGAAUGGCUACUUUCAGAUGGAAAAACUGGCCACCAACAAAUUCAUCUCAAAAAUUGAUGAUGUAUCUACAUACUCUAUUCAAGUGAGAGCAGUUGUGAGCUCAUUUUGCAGAGCAUCUGGAAGCUGGGGCGAGUGGAGUCAACCUAUUUAUGUGGGAAAGGAGAAGAAGCCCUUGGCAGAAUGGCGUCUCAUUGUGUUUCCAGCAACCGCUUGCUUUGUCUUGUUUAUUUUCUCACUCAUCUGCAGAGUGUGUCACAUAUGGAUCAAGCUAUUUCCACCAGUUCCAGCCCCUAAGAGUAACAUUAAGGAUCUCCUUGUGGUGACUGACUAUGAGAAAGCUGCUUGGAAUGAAACCAAAAUUGAAGUUGUAAGUUGUGUGGAAGAGGCUGGAUUUGAAGUCAUGGAAAACUCCAUGUUUUAAUGGCAUUGUGAUAUCCUGAAAAGAAUUCAUAUAGGACUCCAUGAUAAAGGCAAGGACUGAGAUUUCUUGGCAAUGAGGAAUGUCAAACGAACACACAGCUCACCAUUUGAUUGCGAGGCAACACAUCCAGACACAUGAGUCUCCAAUGUCCCAUCUCCUGAAGUAUACAAAUCUCAUCAAACCACCUGGCUCACAGCAGGACAUUGAACACAUCUGAGUAGGGUGCCUCGUUUUCCCACCCACAGUAUGUAGAGUAUCACCCAGCCUGGUUAUACAGGCCAGUCUUUGCAAUUUGCAUGAAUUGCUUUGAACAUUUUGCACAGGAGACAGUUUUUCAAGCUAAUAUCACAUGUUCAUUUGGUUUGAGCUGCCAACGGUAGCACUCUCAGCUAGAGUGAUGGGAAGAAAGAGCGGAACCCAUCCAGAGUGAACCCAAAUUCAAGACUGUCUUUCCCGCAGCAAGUGGAAGCGAUCAUUUCAUGGUGCUUUUCCCCUUCGAGUUCUAGAAUACUUCUUUCAAGAACUGUGUCUGUGUGUUGGGGUGUGGGAUGAUGCGAUGUGGAGGUGGAAACAAAGACUAUGUCCAGUUCUAUAUGCCUGUCUCAGGAAGCAUCCCAGCCAAAGUAACUGAAAACAUGCACUAAGAUAUCAUGCCUGGGGCUACGGAGAUGGAUGGCUCAGUUGGCAAGUGCUUGGUGAAGAAGCAUAAAACCUGAGACUGGUCAACCAGCACCAAGGAAACAGCAACCAAACAGUGCAAGCAGCAUCAGCCUCUGAUCCUAGUGCAGAGGAAACAAAGACGAGAGGCUCCAUGGGACCUGCUGGUCACUCUGGCCACAAAGAUGGGAGACUCCAUGGGAACUGCUGGCUGCUCAGUUUAGCAAACUGGUGGUUUCUAGGUUGAGUGAGAGAUUCUGUCUUAAAAAUUUAAGGUAGAAAGUGAUUGGGGAGAACCGCUGACACUGGCCUCUGGCCUAUAUACAUGUACAUAAAUGAACAGACGCACAUACACACACAUACACAUAUACACUAAAAAUAUCAUUCCCCAUUAAGAGAGAAGACAGGAGUUUGUUGAAGGAUUACAUUUUUCAAGGUUUUCCUUAAUACUAUGGAAAUCAACAGAGAGACAUUGAACAUAAUUCUGCUGUGAAGGUGAUUGCUAGAUCUAGAAUGUACUUCCCAAAGAGAUGUUUGAUGCAAGAGCCUUCAUGAUGACUUAUUGGUCAACUAGUUUUUGUUCAACCUUAUUCUCUUAAGUUAGGGUUUUCCGUAUGUCAUCUCAGUACACAUUAUAAUGGUAUAGAAAUGUAUUCUCUCAAUGUCUUCAUAUAUGAGGUCAUAUUUAUAAGCCUUUGUGAUGGGCAGUGAACUUGAAGUAGAAGCAAGCACAAGGAUGCUCUGGGAGGAGGAAUAGUUAAUAGUAGAAAAGGCCCUAAUGGUAUUGAUUUCACAUAGUCCUGAGGCAAGGAGCUUGAGACAAUAAAGGAGAUGGUGGCACUUAAAAUCGACACCAUGAACCACUUUUUUUUUUAUACUUUAGAGCUGGUUUAGUUAGUUUAGAUACUCUGGGUGAGGUAUCCGAGGAGUACCAACUAUCUGUUACAUGGUCUUUCUGAUUUAGCAUAUAACCAUCCACCACUUUGUGCUGAGAACGAAAGGCAGAGCAAUCAUGGACGUCUGCCAAUAUUGGACUCCUCCGAGGGUCAGGGCACUAUAGCAGGUUCUCUGCUCCAUCUCUCUGGUCUUCACAAGUCUGUGCUGUGCCACAGUCGUAUACAUUGUGGCCUCCAUAUUAAAGAUACAGGCAAUGGGGAUAAGAAAGUUCAAUAGCCAGGAAAGGGCACAGCAGUGAGCUGAAUAUCACGCUCGGCAGACCUUAGUAACACAGAGGAGACCAUCAUAAAAGCUAAAGUUGGGGCCCUAGAGAGAUGGCUCAGUGGUUAAGAGCACUUGACUGCUCUUCCAGAGGUUUGUCUUUAAUUCUCAGCAACUGUACGAUAGCUCACAACCAUCUGUAAUGGGAUCAAGUUCCUUCUUCUGGUGUGCAUGAAGACAUAGCUCAUAAAAUACAUGGAUAAAUAAAUCAAAAAAGAAAAAAAUGAAGUUGAUUUUAGGGGUCAGACCAGGAAGUUGAGGUCCAUGGGAGUGUUACUAUAGUUGGAAAAAUUUAUUUUUGACCAACUAACUGGCCAAGAAUCUAUGAAAAAUGGUGCUAAAGAAUCUCUAUAAAGGGAGUCAAGAAUUUGCAUGGUCAGCUAUUCUCAAGUAAGUCUUAUGCUGCUGGAUUGCAUACUACACUUUGGGAAAUUGUUAUGAACAUUGCAAAUUGAAAACUGCCCCAUUAAAGAAUAACGGAUGGAAACAAUCAA